AUGGGAGACUCUGGAAUCUUUAUUGGAUUUAUUAAUACUACGAGAUAUUUUACUUGGGGAUUUAGAAUUGGAGAUCUUACAGCAACUAAUUCCUUUGUGAAAAUGGAUUCUUCAGGUGCACAUUUAGCACUUGUAGCUUUUUCAGGCUCCGACAUAAAUAUAUUAGCAAUAAAUAAAAUAGAUGGCUCAAUCCUAACUUAGUUCAAAGAACUUAAUGCAGGUUUACUUUUAAAAUAUGGCAUAGAGAUAGAUAGCAAUGGUAAUCUAUUUUUAGCACUUAAGUAUGGGACCUAGUGGAGAUUUUCUUGCUAUAAUGGUGGGGUAUUUUACAACAUUGGAGUUACAGGCGUCACUACUAACGGUGCAGGAUUAAGUUUGCUUUUAUUAUCUGACAAUCUAUAUAUUUCUGGAUUGAUUAAAAGCACAACCAAUAGUGGAACAUAUUCCACUAUUACAAAUGUAUAAGCUUCAACUGGAUCAAUUUAAUGGAAUGUUGGCUACAAUAACUGGGGUUAUCCUUCUACCUAUUAUGAAAUUGAAAAACUUGCUGUAAUCAACGGUAAUUCCAUGUAUGCAGUUAUGUCUGACUAGAAAGUUGGUUAACGCGAAGUAACUUUCGUAAAACUUGAUUUAACUUAAACAGGCUCAUCUAUGAUUACCUAAACAUUUAGAUAUGCUGUAUAUAAUGAGUAUACAGUUUUAAGUCUUAGCUAUACUAUAUCAUCUAUUUAUAUGCUAUCAGUUUAUACUGUUUCUAAAGCUCUAGAAUUGACUUAAAUAAAAGAUUUCAAUACAGCUUAGAUUUAGGUAAAUCUCUAGACAAUUGGAAAAAAUCUUUUAUCAUCUACAAAUUUCUUAAUAAGCAAGGCUCUCGUCCUUCCAUCUACUAAUCGCUAUUUCGUUGGUAAAUCUGAUGAAUUCAAGCCUUUCUCAUUAAAAUAUACAUAUCCUAUGGGCUUUAUAAUGUCAAGCCAGUCAAACAUUAACUGCAACGAUAUAACUGAUCUUUAAGGUGGAAUUUCUUAAAUUUUCUAUGCCGAAAUCAUUUCAUUAUCUUUUUCUUCAUUACCAAUUGAUUACUUUGAAUAGUUUGCAAUAGUUGAUUAAACAGAAGCCACUGCUUACAGCUUAGUAUAGAUAGAUCUUAAUUCAACUGAUAAUUCAUGGUGUCCAAUAAAGAGAGUUUCAAUUGAUUUUUCAUAGUCUGUAUCUGUUCAAUAAAAUACUUAUGUGACAAAAAAUGCUUAAAAAAUAAAGAUCUUGAGAAAUGCUACUGUUUCAAGAAGCUGCAAUGACGCGAAGUUUGUUUACUACUACAAUUCUGGCUUAGGAUCUUUUAUGGACUAUUUUAUUGGAAAUAACUCAAUUGGUGUUUACACAAAUGACCCUUCAUUAUAUGGAGUGUAUGGUGUAAACUUAACAGUCAAAUACGAGCCAACAUAUCUAAAUCAUACAGUAAUAGUUCCUAUUACAGUAAAAAAUUGUUCAAGCGCUUAGAUAACAUCAUCGAGCCAAUAUAGUUUUUCUUAUGUUGUUGGAAAUACCGCAAUCACAAUGAUAAUGUAUAACUUUACAGUUGAUAUAGAAUGCGAAUUAGGAAUUUCUUUUACCUACCAAGAUUAGCUACCUUUUGAUACUGAGAUAUUUUCUUUUAACUAAACAAGUCUAUAAUUCAUAGUGAAUACCACUAACAAUGCAAAGAAAGGAGUCUAUAAUCUUAUGUAUAAAGGGUAUGUUAAAGAAGAUCCAAGUGUUGCCUAAACUAUUUAAUUCACAGUAAAUGUCAUUUACAAUUGCUAUCUUGCGAUUUUCACAAUAAAUCCUCAACUUUCAAUGCUUGAGUACGAUGUUAGUGUCGGUAAUAAUGUUACUGUUGCAGAGUUUUAAUGGACACAAGAUGUUCCAGAGUGCCAAUAGAUCACCUACACUAUAUAUGAUUCAAGUUUCGAAUCACCAGACCCUUUGAUAUUCGAUAUGAAUGUAAAUAAAUUUACAAUGUAAUCUAGUAACAUGUCCCUAACAGGCAAAUUUUAUUCUCUUUAUGUCUAUGCGACAAAUCAAAUUAAAACUCAAGCAUACAUGUUUUAAGUCAAGUUAGUCAAUGCUUGCCAAAAAGCAAUCAUAACACCAAAGCCAAUUGAUAAUAGGGUUUAUCUUAUGUCUGUGAAUGAGAUGGCCCUGGUACUCAAUGGAUGGGAAUCAUCUAGUGAUAUCUGUUAUACCUUUAGUUAUGAAAUUUCGGUAACACCUGAUCCUGGCAAUGCUAUAACUUAUAGUUCAGUAACUAGCACUAUAAGAAUUCAAUCAGAUGAUGUAAAUCUAGGUGGAGUUACCUACACGAUUACUGUAACUGGAUUUAUAGACUUCAAAUUUGCGAAAAGCACGACUUAGUUUGAUGUUCUAUUUACUGAUUAUUGCAUGACUGCAUUCAUACAGCCCUCAUUUUAAAUGGAUAUUAUGUAUAAGAUUGCUUAAAGUACUACCAGAAUUCAGAUUCCAGUUUUUUAAUCUAAUGCUUCCUCUGCAGAUUGUGGGUAUUUUACUUACAAAAUAUCAGAAAAAUCAGGCAAAGAUAUCAGUUUCCUCUCUCUUAAUCAAUUUUCAAACUUGCUUGAAAUUUUUACGGAUGAUGAUUCUUAUUCUAUCCUCAGUCCUUUUGAUUUGAAAGUAACAGGCUAGUAAGGAAAGUAUGAGAAAUUUGCAAAAUCUACGGAGUUCAGACUAACUGUUGAGCCAGCUUGUGGAGCAACUGAAAUAAUACCUCCUGAGAGUAGUGAAAUCACAUAUAAAAUACUAGAAUCACCUAUAUAAGUUGACCUUGGACUAUUUUAAACAUUGCCUUAUACUUGUGCUCUAACUUACUAUUGUUAAUUGAAGAAUGGGAAAAGUUGCGAUGCUAAAUUUAUAAGAAAUUUCGAUGAGCAAACGGGGAAAUUCAACAUUUCAACUUCUGAUUUUAAGAAGCUUGGCACAUACGAUAUUGAAAUAGUCGGAUAUGUUGGAUUAUUAAGUAGUGCUGCAGAAUUGAAAGUUAAAGUGAUAAUAGAUUGUACUCUGACUACAAUCAAUCCUACUGCAAUCUCAGAUAGGACAUUUAGCUAUAAGGAUCCAGCUCUUGAAAUUGAAUUCUCAAAGUUUAGUGAUUCUCUUAAUUGUCAGCCUGACAUUUUAUACACCGCUGUUGAGGAAGGAUAACUUUUUUUGCCUAAUGAUUAGAUUAAAAUUACAUUUGAUGCUUAAAGUAGAAAACUCCUUGUCGAAAGUAUAAAUUUUAUUGAAGAGAAAAACUAUGCAAUAUCUUUAAAAGGAACAUAUCUUGGAAAAGAAGCUUCAAUAAUAUUUCACAUUUUGUAUAGAGACUGUACUAUUCAAUAUAUGAAAACCUCUAUUCCAAUCAACAAAGUAUUCUAUCUGACUGAGGGAGCGAAAACUAUGGAGUUAGCACCAUUUACAUUAGUCCCAGCUUGCAGCAUUCCAAUAACCUAUACUUCAAGUUUAGCAAAUGGGAGCCCUUUACCCUCAUUUAUCUCAUUUAGUUCAGCAAAUAUCUAAUAUCGAAUUGAAACAGAGAACGAUAAGAAUAUUGGAGUAUAUAAUUUGAAACUUAUUGGUCAAACAUAGUCUCAAGGAUUUACAGACUCAUUGGAAUUUUCAUUAACUAUAGCAUUUGCUCCUCCUGAUUUUAUGAAUAAAGGACCUCCUUAUUUCAAGACACCAUUAGAAGUAUUAGAGAUAGUCUAAGGAACUACAAAGAUAUAUACUUUACCUGAGAUAGCUGAUGACAAUAAUGAUAAAUAUAAAAUCACUCUGAAGCAACCACCGAUCUUUGCUAAGUUAUCUUCAUAAAAUAUCAUCUUUACUCCUAAAAAAGAGGAUGUAGGAUCCAAGAGUUUUCAAAUUGUUCUAUCCGAUUUAAAUGUCUAAUCUAUGAGUCAAUCUUAUUAGAUGGAUGUUAUUGUUUUGGAUGCUGAUGAAGAAUAAGUUUAGUUUGUUGAUGAAAUGGAUGAUUACUUAAAAAACCCCAAUAAAUAUCUUAAAGCCUACAUCAAGAAAACCUACUUUAAUGGAAAUGUUCUAGUCGUGUUUAGUUAAGAUAUUAUUGAGCCAGCAAAUAUCACAGCAAUUGAUAAUAGGACUCUCCAGGUAUCAAUCUGA